CACAAAUCAUGGGGGUUUCAGCAUACUGUGUAACCUUACCCGCGCAAACCGAGUGACUCUUCUGUGUCCGCGAAUAAUUGACUCGCUUCUUGCAGUUCCUUUGAAGUCUUUACUGCCCCCUUUUUCGAGAAUUUGACGCGCGUUUUGUCUUUGACAGUGAGCAAGUUGUCACGCCAGUCGAUUGGUUUCUGUUAUCUACCGCAGCCGACUCCCACAUACAAACUCGUCGCAAUGCCAUCAGUGGCACCAUCUCGCAAUGAGUCUUCAUACCUCCUGAAUCAGCUUAUCAUAUCUCCCUCAGACGCGGACUACCUCGACCAAUUGAUUCCUUCCAUCAAAGAGUACAGCGUCGGCAACCGAACAUCACAACUAUCACAGACUUUGUCUAGAUUUGCUAGUGACAAGGAGGCUGAGAUAGAGACAAUAUGCAAUACCAAUCACCAGGAAUUCGUAACAUCAGUGAAUCAACUUUUGCGCAUCAGGGAAGGUACAGUCAGCCUGACUGCUGAAAUAUUGGACCUUAACCAAUCGAUACAAGCAAGCACCGAAAAGCUGGCUGAACAAAAGAGAGCUCUGGUAGAGUCACGGAGUCACCGACAGAACAUCGAUGAGACUUCUAGAGCUAUACAGGACUGUCUCGAGGUGUUGCGUCUCGCGAAUCAAGUUCAUGAUCUACUCGCUAAGAAGAAUCAUUAUGCCGCACUGCGCGCUUUAGAAGAAUUGCAAAAUGUCCAUCUUAAAGGGGUGACGCAGUAUAAAAUCGCGGACAUGAUUCAGCGCUCAGUCCCAACAACACAAAAAGCAAUAGCUGAAGCUGUCAUGUCUGACCUUAAUACUUGGCUAUACAGAAUCCGAGAAAUGUCGCAGUACCUCGGGGAGAUCGCUUUAUAUCAUACAGACUUGCGAAAGACCAGGCAUAAGGAGCGGACAGAGAUAUCUCCAUAUCUUGGUCAAUUCAAGCUCAAUUCGGCAAUUGAGCUGGUAUCCGACGAGAGCGAAGAGUACGAUCUUUUGCAAAACGAGGAACUUCAAGUGGACUUUACGCCUUUAUUUGAAUGCCUCCACAUUCAUCGAUCAUUAGGGCAUAUGGAUAGAUUUCGAGUUGAGUACGCUAAUACUCGGCGUCGGCAGAAGGAACUUUUGCUACCAGCCUCCAUUACUCUUGUUGAUGAAGAUGGGGCUAGUCUGCACAAUCUUCUCGAAGAAAUGGCAGGAUUUGCCAUUGUCGAGCGUUCUACAAUGAAGAGGGUUCCGGACCUGAGGUCUUCUGUUGAUGUCGAUGAAUUAUGGGAUUCUAUGUGCCAAACAGCUGUGAUCCUAAUAUCGGGGGCUCUCCAUGAGGUUGACAAUGCUGAGAGCCUACUGAAAAUAAAAAAUCUCAUCGCAUUGUUCAUGCAAACAAUGAAUACAUGGGACUUUCACGUCGGGGUGUUCGAUGACUUUCUUUUGAUUCUUUUCAGGAAAUAUGCCGACCUUCUCAAGAAAAGAUUUAGUGACGAUUUCCGAGAGAUAGUAUCGACCGAUGAUUAUAUGCCUAUGCCUAUCCAGACAAUCGAGGAAUUUGACAAGGUACUGAAUGUCAGUUGGUACAGCCCUGACAAACCAAGGGAGGAGCAAGUGUUUCCGUGUGUCUUACCAUUUUCCCAAAUGUAUCCCUUAUGCUGCAUCGACAUCCGCAACUUUCUGAACCAGUUCUACUUUUUUGCCAAUGACGAUUUCUCUCACCCCAGUCUCAUUGACGAAACCCUAAGGGAUGCACUGGAUGAACUCCUAUCAGACAAAGUUUGCGACACCCUUGUCGAACGUCUUUCCUCACAAUAUCUGGGGCAGAUUGUGCAGAUUCUGAUAAACCUAGAGCAUUUUGAGCUUGCCUGUCGCGAACUCGAGCUGUUACUCGCUGCUGCUCGAUCACAGAAUGUCUCCGGUGACGUGGUCACUUUGACCGCUACCGAAAAGUUCAGAAGCAAUAAGAAAGCGGCAGAGAAACGUAUCUUUGAAGUAGUCAAUUCCAAGAUUGAUGACCUCAUAGAAACGGCUGAGUACGAUUGGAUGGCAUCUGUCCCACCCGCAGAGCCUAGCAACUACAUGCAAACACUAACACGCUUCUUGUCAAACAUCAUGAACUCGACGCUCCUCGGCUUACCGACAGAAAUCAAAGAACUUAUCUACUUCGACGCUCUCAGUCAUGCCGCGAAUAUGAUUCUUGCACUCCCUCUCUCUCCGGAGGUGAAAAGGAUCAACCCAAACGGUGUAAUGGCUCUUGCAAAAGAUGUCGAAUACCUAUCCCAAUUUGUUGAUGGUCUUGGUGUUCCCAUACUCCGAGAAAACCUUGACGAGCUGCAACAGACUGUGCAAUUGAUGCAAGCAGAUAACACUGACGAGUUCUAUGAUAUAUCUACGCGGAACAAGAAGUACGGUCGUGUGGACGCUAUUCAUGGUCCCGUCCUGUUAGAGAAGUGCGUUACCAACCACCAUAGCCUGGAUACUAUUACUAACCAACAAGAAGGAUCAUACGUACCGUUCAAAGUCCUGUAA